UCUUGAGGAAUGCCAGAUUGCAAGAUCAGUUCAACACAAUUCAUCACGCUUAGCCGAGUUUAGUUGUCGUCAUAUCGAUGAAGUAAAGUUUUGUGACAAAUCUCCUCCGGUCGCUAUUUUGAAACCUGACUUAGAUAACUUUGUGUGUAGUGAAACUCUCAGAAAUUCCAUACAAGAUGUGCUAAAUGUAGCUGGAUCUAUGCCUAUGGCAAGUGCUGCGGUCCAGGUAUCCGAUGCAAUGUUCUGUGCGUUCGGACCUAUAACAGCAAGUAAUCCUCUCGGGUAUUGCCAUGUCCGCAAAAGUGCAACUGAAUUGAAUCACUUCAUUUGCACCGGAAAAGACUGCCGAGGAUUUGCUGCUAAAGGCAAGCAAGUCAGAACAAAAUCAAUGUGCAUGCAUAUAGCUAUAUUGCAUUCGUGUUUUGUCACCAAUACUUUGGACACGACUGGUGAUACCAACAACAAUGCAACUUUUGAAGCCGAAUCAUCAACAGAACCUGGGCCUACGGUAAAUUCAAGUGAACGAACUAAACGUCUUUCUACGUUGUCUUUAGCCGAGGUUAAAAUUUUGCCAUAUAUUUUACCCCAUGAUUUGUUGCAGUCAGUAGCAAAGAGAGAUGCUUGUACAUUGCUUGGUGUUGGUGAGAUUUGGCCAAACAGUUUCAUACCUGAUUUGGAAAACUGUCAGCUAUGUGGUUCCGUAUUAGGUGAUACCUGCAUUCAUCCCGGACAAUCUCAAAACAACCCGUGCUAUCUGCUCACAGAACUUAACCCGUUUAAGCAAGUGGAUAUAAAAGUUAAAUUUUGUUCAUCUCGUGCAUGUUAUGCAAUGCAUCAAGCAUCUGUGGAAAAACUAGGUAGGCCAUAGCAAUACUAUAUCGGAAAACCUAUAGACUAUAGUUGUGGCUUGUGCCUGUUAAUUCCAGGAACUAUAGUUACCCGGUCAUGUUUAUCUCGACUGUGAACAGCCAACCAUGCAGCUCUGCAUGUUCCAGGCUUUUGCACAGUUAAUCAUUAUUAAGAAAUUAUUGCACCCGCGUGUCACAAAGUCUCAACUUGGUAUAUUACCCUCACCUCAGGCUCACUUUGCCCUGACCCAAUCCUAUACUUGUAGAGACCUUUAUAGACUAACCGAAGAUUAUAGGAAAAGCAGCCUUUGCCCUUUGGCAGUUUGAGGUGGGGUGUGGGUUUAUGUUCAUGCAUUGGAGGCUUAAGGCCCACACAGACCGAAUGCGAUUCGACAACGCGACGCGAAUUUUUUCAGUUUCUUAAUUAAACCAAAUAAAACCAUCAACGGAUAAAAUUUUACAAGAUAUGCAGACCAAAUAGCUAAAAUUGCUCAAGUGGUUCCGAAUAUUUGAAAAACAUAGAAAAAUAUUAAAGUUAAAUGUUAUUGAAAAUUGAAAAUUCGCGUCGCGUUGCCGAAUCGCGUCCGGCUGUGUGGGCCUGAUUAUUGAAUUAAUUGCUACAAGACUAUCACUCAGACAUUCAUGAUACUUGCAGCAUGCGAUUUAUCAUAUUACAUAUAGAACUAAAGUUAACUUGAAAAAAAUUGUUGAUUUCCUAAUAUGCGCGCGUGCUUCUUUCUAUAUUAUAGGUUUGUUCAACAUCAGUGACAAAGUUUUGGUUUCGCUGGAUAUCCUACUGGAAUUCAGAGAGUUUUUCAAGAUGGGACAUCCUAUAGGAAAUGUUAUUCAUGCAAAGCUUAUAACCCUGACGGCCAAAUGCGAAGAGGUUAGCAGCAAAUAAUCAUAGUAGUUUUAACAAGUUUAGGCAAAAAUGCAUUUGUACAUGUCAGUUACUUUUGGAAUACUGUAGUUAGUACUUUUAAUAACAUAGGUAAUUCCUAUACUUAUAAUAGUUAUUAUGUAUUGACUGUAUAACCGGCCAAGAUUCAAGAAUUAAAGUGCCACUGCGAUGGAAAAUUGUGCUGUCUUUUUAUUGUAUAUUCAGAAAGUAUGUCAGUAGAUGAACAAAAUUACCAAAUAUCAGCGUCCAAUUCCAUUUCCUUCUGCCUUUUUUUUCAACGCAAACAUGCAAAUUUUUCGGCCGCCAUUACUGAGUUGCCAAUUAGCGAGAUGUUGAUUUCUUAGCCGGAUGUGACGUCAUUUACUCGACACGCUUCUUUCCCGAAGGAGAAAUUAAUAUUAUCAAAGGCUUAUUCUAGGCUGUUUUUUGUUCAAAAUUAUGUCUUCUGACGAAAGCCACAGCUCAAAUUUUGCAACACAAUCAUCUUGCGAACUCUCGUUUGCCGAAGACGUUUCUUGUGAUAGCGGGGGUGAUGUAAAUAUGGAGAAAAGUGUGGAUUUGUGCGAGGCCUAUGAUACUUCAGUCGAAGCUCAAACGAAAAGUACUAUAACUGAGAGAGAGCAAGAGCAGCAAACACUGUCUGCUGAAUUGUCUGGGGAAACCUUAACGGGCACCUGGUACGUUUUGGAUUGUAUUUAUUUACGUUUUGGUUUAUAUAUUUGUGACAUAAAACAAACAUGUGAUGGCCAUGUUUAACAAAACAAAUGGUCACUGGUCUCCUUAUAAAAAAUCAUUGUCACCUCCGUUAUAUUGCACGAAACGUCUUCAAUGAGAGAUGGCUUAAAGAUGACUGUGUGCCCAAUUGGAAAUCCUAACUCACGUAAGAACACAUAUUAAUUUGCACAAAGUUGUGUGAAAUAUAUUUCAAUUAUAUAUAAUUAUAUGAUCCAUAGGUAUAAAUGUGGUAACUGUGUCCUGGCUCAUUGUUGUUUAUGUGAACCUUGUAAGAAAAAAUGCUGGAAGAAAACAUGCAUGACUGCUGCUUAUUAAACUGAGCAUCCAGCAUUUGAUAUUGGUUGUUUGAAACAUUGGGUGUUAAAACUUCCUGGUUUAAGUUACAAAACCUGAUUAAAAGGCUACCAAAUUAUACCACUCUGUAUACCGAAGGGAAAAAGAGUGAACCAGACUAAGUAUUUCAAUGUGUAGUUCUAGGCAAUACCCCCUGCUAAUGGAAGAGAUUUAGUUAAUUAUGAACCCCCACCCCUCUAGAUUUUUCUAAUUGUCACUGACAGCUUGUUUCCCCCACCCCUAUGGAAAUUCUAAACAGUUUUUUACUACUAUCAUACUUUCAAGCAUGAUGUCGGUGUUUUAAAAAAUAUCUCGGCAAAAUGUUCAUUAUAAAGUUUGUUCGUUCACUGCAACCAGGUAUAUCAAUCAUGUUUCGCUCGCUACUCUGGUUUAAAUAAAUGAUUACAAAGCCCAGUCGAAUUGUAAUCAAGACCCAACGUUUCGACACUCCAGUCUAGUGUCUUCAUCAGGGGUGAUCUGAAACUGCGAUCGUGGCUUCUUAAAUACCCAAGGGAUGAAUAUAUGCAUCUUCUUGGCAGGUGACGUCAUCCCUUGGGUAUUUAAGAAGCCACGAUCGCAGUUUCAGAUCACCCCUGAUGAAGACACUAGACUGGAGUGUCGAAACGUUGGGUCUUGAUUACAAUUCGACUGGGCUUUGUAAUCAUUUAUUUAAACCAGAGUAGCGAGCGAAACAUGAAAAAUGUUCAUUGUUUACAUAAACAAGACAGAAACCGUAUCUUGGCAUAUGCACAGCAAGGAAGGGGGUACCUUCUUGAACUGUUGGUAUACAGCUCCACACAAGCUUCACUACUUGAUAUGCAACUGCCCUAAGAAACAUACUUUCAAAAAGAAAAUUUAUAUAUUAACAUGACAGCUUUAAAAUUUAGUAAUCCAAAAACUAUCAUGUUAUUUGUGAGCUGUGUUCUGCACAAAAACACCAGGAUUCAUAAUACAAGAUCCUUGUUUAUAUAACUUAGCUAUAGGCUUUUCAAGUUUUCUUGUUCACAUGACAGGAUAUUUCAGUACCUUGCUCACCUUUACAGGGAUUCAAACAUUACUAAAUUCAGAAUAUGAUACUCAGAUCAUGGACAUUGUAUCAGUUUGGCUGCCCCUGGCUGAUGAGAAUUUCUUACCAGUCAUUGCCAGAGUAGGGAGUGCUCUUUUUUUCACCAACCUACCUGGUAGUCAUUUUUUUUAAUUAAAGAAAAACAUGCAAAUAUGUCUGGGGGUUGCCUUUUGAGGGAAUGCUUAAUGCCAAAAAUUACUCCUACAUGACUCAGUCAAAUUGCAUAGUUCCAGGAAAUAGCCAUACCCCCCCCCCCCACCCUGCUACAGAAGAGAUCGGAAAUUCAAGAGGAUAGGGGGUGGUGUUGACCAUUGCAUCAAGAUUUCCAAUGGAAUGGGGGUAUACUAAAAGUCUUGAUAUUUCCAGAAGGUAUUCAAAUACAACCAAUAUCAAAUGCUGGUCAUGCAUGUUUUCUUCCAGCAUUUUUUCUUACAAGGUUCACAUAAACAACAAUGAGCCAGGACACAGUUACUAUUGAAGUAUACUAUUGAAGUUUAUAAUAUAUUUAUUAAUAUAUAUAAUUGAAAUAUAUUUCCCACAACUUUGUGCAAAUUAAUAUGUGUUCUUACGUGAGUUAGGAUUUCCAGUUUGGCAACACAGUCAUCUUUAAGCCAUCUCUCAUUGAAGACGUUUCGUGCAAUAUAACGGAGGUGACAAUGAUUUUUUAUAAGGAGACCAGUGACCAUUUGUUUUGUUAAACAUGGCCAUCACAUGUUUGUUUUAUGUCACAAAUAUAUAAACCAAAACGUAAAUAAAUACAAUCCAAAACGUACCAGGUGCCCGUUAAGGUUUCCCCAGACAAUUCAGCAGACAGUGUUUGCUGCUCUUGCUCUCUCUCAGUUAUAGUACUUUUCGUUUCAGUGGCAAGAGCUUCGACUGAAGUAUCAUAGGCCUCGCACAAAUCCACACUUUUCUCCAUAUUUACAUCACCCCCGCUAUCACAAGAAACGUCUUCGGCAAAAGAGAGUUCGCAAGAUGAUUGUGUUGCAAAAUUUGAGCUGUGGCUUUCGUCAGAAGACAUAAUUUUGAACAAAAAACAGCCUAGAAUAAGCCUUUGAUAAUAUUAAUUUCUCCUUCGGGAAAGAAGCGUGUUGAGUAAAUGGCGUCACAUCCGGCUAAGAAAUCAACAUCUCGCUAAUUGGCAACUCAGUAAUGGCGGCCGAAAAAUUUGCAUGUUUGCGUUGAAAAAAAAGGCAGAAGGAAAUGGAAUUGGACGCUGGUAUUUGGUAAUUUUGUUUAUCUACAGACAUACUUUCUGAAUAUACAAUAAAAAGACAGCACAAUUUUCCAUCGCAGUGGCACUUUAAAAUAAUUUGAUUUAUUCAGGAAUUAUAAUUUUUCGAUUAGAAGUUAAGUUUUUUAAUUAGUAACAAUUUAGUAAUUUAGUUAAUGUCAUAUAAGGCCCGUUUACACGGGCGAUUUUUGCUGCGAUUUUAUUUGCGAUUUUUUCCUUUUGGAGGAUGUAAAGGAGUGCAUGGAUGAGUUAUAAAUGUUCCAGGUUAUGAAUUCUCAUAACAACAUCAUUAAGUGAAUCUACUCCUUCAGAUCCUCCAAAAGGAGAAAAUCGCAACCAAAUCGCAGCAAAAAUCGCCCGUUUAAUCUAUAUCACGAAAAACGUAUUUAUUAGAGAAGUUAAGAUACCCCUGUUCCGGUUUACGGGUACGAGUAUCGCCAUUUUGUUUACCAAUUUUUGCUGAUGUCAGCAAUUUUACCCGUAAUUUCUACCCGUUUCCCCGCGGUAAACCGUGGUCUACACGUAAACGACAAACAGGUACGGGUGUUUCCUGUUUACUAUAUUUGGGCCGUUUAAAUAGUACAAAUAGUUAACAUUUUACCCAAAUAAAUAAUGCACAUAUACUGGUCAAAGCUUUUAACAAUUUAUGGCGAACCUCAACAGCAAAAGUUGCCAUCCUCUUAUUGGUUUUCUCACGCCGGAGUAUUUUGGAUUUCUUAAGUUACAAGCUAUUCCCCGAUUUACGGGUACGGGUACGUGUAUAUCACCCGUACCCGUAAAUCGGAAUCGGGGUAUCUUAACCUCUCUAAUGAUUGUGCAUGCAUGCUUGUAUGUUUUAGAGCUUAGUUCCAUCAGAUGGCGAAAUGAUGUACAUUGAAGAUCUCCUGUACAAUGGUUUUUAUAGCUUUGAGAUGAUAACAGAAAGAAAUCUUGACGAUGUAGUUUGUGGUGUAUGUGGCGUUUUCCCUGAGAUUUGUUUGGGCGACGGCAACGAAAAAAACUGUUGCACGAACCGUCAGGUAAAAAUAAUUAUCGUGUCAUGUAUUAUACAGAUUGCAGGCCAUGCAGUUAUGCACUAGACCAAAUUUUUGCUGCAACAUGCAUACAAAGCAAUUUAGGGAAGCGUCACAUAUCGAUUUUUUCCACGAGAAACGUCAUAUGUUCGUUUGGGGUCGAUAAUUUUUAUCUUUGCAGAAUAUAAAAAAGAAAACAAUUCGAUACAAACAGCAGUCUAUAUAUUCGUAAUACCAUACCAUACCAUACCUGUUCUAUACCUAUACAUUUAUAUUAUUACGCCUUCCAUGCAUUGAAAACACUCAAAUUUCAAGAAAAACGCGCUAAAAUUAUCAAUAUUUCAUGCAAAAAAAGUUGUUUUGAGAAACGUUGGAAAUUUUGAAGUUCAUAUAUAUAUUAAUAAAAAAAGAGUAUGUCAGCAGAAGAUGACAUAUUCCUCGCGGAAGCAUCGCCGAAAAAAAAUAGUAGAAUAUUACCUUAUGUGUACUCAUAGUGUACUGUAAGAACAAAAUAUCGAUAACUAUGUGUGACGUUUCUAAGGGGGGUGGGGGGGGGGGUCUUCAGAGAGACGAACAUAUGACGUUUCUCAUGGACAAAAUCGAUAUGUGAGGCUUCCCUUAGGUUAAAAAAUAUUAUUGUAUAUAUAUAGCAAAACCUUGGUUUGGUCUCAGCCGGAGCUAGAAUGUGGUUUUCGGUCUCCGCAUUCAUGUCUUUACUGCCUUUAAUAUGUUACAUGAUAAACAAGCUCUCAAUUUUAGUGCCGUGAGUGCGUUUAAUCACUAGAAGUUAUAUUGGAAUUUGCGGAAAAUACGCCUCAUGCAUGAAAUGUCUUAUAUAAAAUUGAAAUACGAUCCAUCCAUGUGACGGGUUUUACGAUAUUUUUAUAAUAGAUUCACUAUACUAAAGAUAACGAGAACCACAAGGAUAUGAUUCCACUACAAGAGUUUCUUUCAAAUCUCAGACGACGUUGGCUUGAAAAAACAGUGUUUACAAGAACAAACGAGAAGUUCACAGUAGCGAUAGAGGAACUACCACCUAUUAUAGCACCUAGUCUAACUGGCACUGCUGUCAACACUGAGAUGAAAAAAAAGAGUGUAUAUCUAAAGCCACAUCAGCCAACAGGUUAGGGACACUGUAAUUUAUAAUUAUAAUCUACAAUUAUCAAGGCCUGCUGUAAAAAAGAGCUUCGAAGCAUAUAUAUAGUAUAACCUGAACAUAUCAGUAUUUAAUAUAUACUACAUAACUGUUCUAACCAGUUAAUUCGUAAUUUCACACUUAUUCUGUAUAUUAAGGUGACCCGGCACUCUUGCACAAACUAAUAUCGGAUGGAAAGCUUGAUAUGAGCAGAAUUGAACAGUAUGAUAGCAAGUUCAUCAAUGAUGCAGCCAUGGCUUGUGGAAUACCAACCUCUGGAAAAUCUAAGGUUUGCGGCAGUUUAAGCCACAAUUACCGUUGCGUUGGCCGUUUCCCAGGAAGUUCCAAAUCAUUUCAUGCAGUUAUAUAUUCACUGCUAUAGUUCUAAUCAGCUUUAUAAGAUCACGGUUAUCGCUAUUUCCCUCUGAUCUGAGCAAUCUGACUGACUAAAGAGUAAAGCCCAUCUUCCACUAGGUGAAUUUGUUCGCGCGAAAAGUAAAUAGGUAGGAACUGAUCCAACAUUUUCGCGGCGAUUUCAGUUUUGGUAUCCAAUUAACCACAAUGCCAAAAUUUUGUUUUUUGUUUCGCUUCGCGCGAACAAAUUCGCCAACGGGAAAAUUGGCUUAAUAGCGGACGAUGUUUGGCCCCCGCGACGACGUUUAUGCAUGAGGAGAAAUUCAUUUGAAAUUUUCUGCAACCACCCGAGUUAAGAAUGGGAGUCAGUUAUAGCCACUUAUAGUUAUGAACAUGCAUUUGAAUGUCUAACUGACAUUUUUGGAAUCAUGUCUUGUCCUGCAUGAAAUAGUUGUCUUUGUGAAACUUCUUAUUCAUUAUAGGAAUACUUGUGUGGCACACUGCAUGACUUGUAUGGAAGCAUUUUGGUUGGAAACUGUCCUUGUCAUGGUUUUGGGAAAGUGCCUGGGCACACCGGUGGAUUUUACCAUUUGCUUUGCCGCCAUGGGGUGAGUUAAUAUAAAACUCUUUAUAAGUCCUUAUAACUACUUCUAAAACUAACCGUUCUGAAUAAUCUGAAAUACAUGCACGUUGUCGUUGUUUACAGCGCUGAACAAACUUUUGUAAUUCCGCAGUUUUGCAUUGCACACUUUUACUGCGCACAUCUUAUAACUUAUAAUUUCAUCCAUUAUACGUACCGUUUAAAACAAAAUAUCGUUUUAUGGCAAUUUUAUGUUACUUCAAAACAUCUUUGGUUACAUCCGGUAUUAUGCGUGCAUGAUUGCAUGUAAGAUGGCAAAAGAUACCUUUUGCGUAUAUAGUUAUAGCUGUUAGUAUUUCGUAUUGCCAAUAAGCGAAAUAUAUUGUUAAAACAAUUCUCAAUUGGAAUUCAGGAGGAAAACACAAAGAAAAAUCGACAUAAGCGUGUCGUGGUUUUAUAUGUGAUAAAAAAAUCAUGUUAAUUUGCAUAAACUUUAGCUUUGAUUUUCUCGGUUUAGACAAAGUUUAUUUUAAAAAUUACUUCGCCAAUGAACUCGUAUAAGAUGAGUCGUUUUUGAAGCCAUUUAAAGCACUUGUAUAGUCGUGUUUUAUCACAUAUAAAACACUCCGCUACGCGUCGUGUUUUAUAUGUGAUGAAACACUCGUACGCGUGCUUUAAAUAGUACAUAAGGUAUUAUAUAAUGCAGAUAUAUAUAAUAUAUGAAUCCAUCUUGUGCUAUUUCAAAUUGGGACUUUUGUAGGCCUAAAGGAUCAUUAUAUUAACUGAGAAGAGUUUCGUUUUGUUUUGUUCUGUUUUGUCUUGUUUUGUAGGCAACAGUUGCUUCUAAAUUUUUGGUUUUAACUGAGUCGGUAAGGGAUGCCGCGGAUCUGUAUAUGUCCUUGAAACAUCCGCCUAUCGUAUUCAUCAAUGACACCCCUUGCGGAUUUGUUCGCCAUGUUGAAUGCAGGGAUCCCAAAGCUGCUGAAAAUUUGUGGGGAAAGAAAGCUGGGUGCUUUGAAAAGCCUGCAUUAGGGCAAAAACCUAAAGAAGUGAGUAAUUGACUAUUUGAUCAUAUAUGGUAGGAAAAAUAUGCGAGUAUAUGCAUGCGAAUAGUCGACAUACCUGGCUUCAGGAUAUCGUUUAAUUAACUUGUAUCGCAUGCAUGCAUGUGACAACAUGCCUACUUUAUUUCUGAUUGCCGCUAAAAGCACGGAUGUUUUGCGAAGUGUUUGCACAUUCACGCCUAGAUGGUUAUCAUAGCUCAGGACAGUCUGGGCGUGAUAUAUGUCAAUUCACUAUUAGUAAAAUAUUACUGAAAUGUGGCCAGCAGACAUCACUAUUAACAGCCACAUAAGACUAAAAAUAUACUUUUUUUAAUAUUUAAACGUCAUGUCUCAAUAUAACAGUACACCGGGCGUGAUUCGACAACGGCGACGCGAUUUUAAUAAAACCGCCAAUGAGAGCAAAUUUUGAAAGACAUGUAGAUCAAAUAACUCAAAAUGCAUGUUAUGGCGCUUCUAAAUAUUUGGAAAAUUUAAACUGGGAUCAAAUAGUUAUCGGUCAGUGAAAAUCGAAAAAUCUCUUCGCGUUGUCGAAUCGCGCCCGGUGUAUCUGGACCUUUAGUAAAGCUUUACACUCUUUUUUUGCUGCGAUUCAUCUAGCGUGAUUUUCUUCUUCUGAUGGACGAGAACGAGUAUAUAUGUUAUGAACGUUCUGGGUAUAUAUUCCUUCAUCUGAUAAUUUAAAACUCAUCCGCUCGUUCACAUGCAUCAGAAGAUGAAAAUCGCACUAGAAAUCGCAGCAAAAAUUGCAAGUGCAUGUAAAGGCCUGAUUUCACGGCCCACGGGCGCUUUUUCUCGGCGAAAUGCGAAAUAUUUUGCCUGUUUCUUUUGAAUUGUGAGCAAUCAAGUAGAAAUAAUUUAUUCGAGUAGUCGCAAUUCAAAAGAAACAGGCGAAAUAAUUCGCAUUUCGCUGAGAAAAAGCGCUCGUGGAAUCAGGCCUUAAACAAUAAACAAGCCUUACAAACAACGUCUGAGACAUUGUUUGCAUAUUAUAUGGUUUUAUGUCUUAAUAUUUAACGUUCAAAAACGCAGAAUACGCAAAAGAACUACGGAGGAAAUCGGUAUAGUAUUAAAAAUUAAGAUUAAUUUUUUCCCCUACUGCCCUAGUCAUGUACACGUGUGGCUGUGGAAAAACCAUCUUGUGGUAUGGGUACGUAAACGGUUAAAGGACUGUUUAGUGAAGGACUAUGGUUCAUCUCGAUCGUAUUUCGAUGAAUAAAUGAUUACUUAUAUAUGCUCUGGACAUCCAUUGAGCACUCUAUACCAAGAGUUUUAUGUAAUCAAUGAAAUCUAUAUAGCACCUUUUUAAACUAUAAUUUUCAACAAAUAUUUGCAGAAUCAGAAUGUUCCUGUCAUUGUUCCACCAGAGUAUAGUGACGGCUCUACUGGCUCUAGACAACCAUCAUGGGAGUUUCUCCGUGCUACUGCAAGAAGUCCAAACAACUUGCAACAACUCCAACAAUCGGCUCAUUUUGUCCUGGGCGACAGGUUUCAUUCUUCAUCACAACCACACAAAUCUCCCUUAUGUCAAUUUCACAACAUUGAUUUGUGCAUUCAAGCCCCAACCAUAAAAACAAGUAUCCAGGAAUCACAAAAUAACCGAAAGAACAUGAGGCGGUUGAGGAGUUCGUGCAUGCAGAGUUUUGAAGUGCAUAUUGCGUACAAUUUUCUGAUGGAUUACUAUCAGAACGAGGAAAUUGUACGCAGACAAAAAAAAAUCAUUGAAAGAUCUUUAGUUAACGGAGAAAAGCUAAUAAGAGACAGUAACCUAAGAUUCAUCAUUACUCGUGACGAUGCAUGUGGCUAA